CUCUCUCUCUCUGUAAAUGGUGAUGCGCAAAGAAAGGAGAGUCGAGAGGAGAAAGACGCAAAUGAAGUAGCAGCCAAAGGGGGUAGACAACAAUUUGGAACAGGAGCAAAAGCAGAGCAAUGAUUCCACGAGUGUCAUUGCCAUGGCGGAACGGACUCAGAACCAGAGUUCCGGCGGGAAGCAGAGGCUGCAGCGGAGCUCAGACCACCUUGAGAAACGACGACGGCCACCCGAUUAUCAUCUCUCCUCCUCUUGUCUCCUUAGACAUACCUGACGAUUGGGCUCCCGCCACCGCCCAAUCUGGGUUUUCUUCCCCUUUGAGUUUCUCAAACGAGCAGCAAGCUGCUGUGAUUGAUGGGAAAUCGAUGGCGGAUGAAAUUAGAUCAAGAAUAGGCAGUGAGGUGAGGAGGAUGAAGAAGAGCAUUGGAAUGGUUCCUGGAUUGGCUGUCAUUGUGGUGGGCCACAGAAGGGACUCGCAGACUUACGUCCGAAACAAGGUGAUGGCUUGUGAAGAAGUUGGAAUCAAAUCAAUGGUUACUCAGCUACCUGAAGAGUGUACAAAAGAUCAACUUCUUGGCGCUUUAUCUUGUUUCGAUGUGGAUCCCUCUGUUCAUGGUAUUCUUGUGCAACUUCCUCUACCACAACAUUUGGAUGAGGGAAGAGUUUUGGAUGUGCUGAGUCCAGAGAAAGAUGUCGAUGGCUUCCACCCGAUUAAUAUGGGAAAUCUAGCUAUGAGAGGAAGGGAGCCUUUGUUCAUUCCCUGCACUCCCAAGGGUUGCAUUGAGUUGUUGCUCAGGUCUGGUGUGGAAAUCACGGGGAAGAAAGCUACUGUGAUUGGGAGAAGUAACAUUGUCGGACUUCCAGCAUCACUGCUCCUGCAGAGGCACCAUGCAACAGUCAGCAUUGUACAUGCGUUCACAAAGAACCCAGAACGUAUCACCUGUGAAGCCGACAUUGUGGUCACAGCUGCUGGAGUGCCUAAUCUGGUCCGUGGAAAUUGGCUGAAGCCUGGAGCAGUUGUUAUCGACAUUGGAACUACUCCAGUUGAGGACUCGAGCUGUGAGCAUGGUUACCGUCUCACCGGAGAUGUUUGCUACGAAGAAGCUGUGCGGGUGGCUUCAGCCAUCACCCCAGUGCCUGGAGGAGUUGGACCCAUGACAAUUGCUAUGCUUCUAUCGAACACUCUCGACUCGGCGAAGCGAGUAUACGCCUUCACAUGAACUGUAAUUUUGUUGAUUGUAGCAUAGUUUUGGUCAUGUUAAACUGCAGGCUUUCGUUGUUUUUUUUCGACUUUCAAACUCAUUCAGUGUUCAGUGUUCAGUUUUCA